AUGGCGACGGUGCGUGCAGCAUACCAUGCGGGCACCUGGUAUGACGACCGAGCCAGAUCCCUGGAGGCUAGCAUCAGGAAAUGGAUGGAGGAUGCUUCCCAUCCGGACCCCGUCGGCAGCAUACGGGCCCUCAUCGGGCCCCAUGCCGGUUUCACAUACUGUGGCCACGUGCUGGCCCAUGCCUACAAAGGCAUUGAUGCCAGCAGCGUGUCGCCACUGGGGGAUGUGCCUGUGGACUCGGGAGUGUAUGACCAGCUGAAGGCAAGCGGUGCCUUUGACAUCGCGUCUUUGUCCCAAGACGAGGCAAGUGCUGUGCAGUGCAGCGAGGAACAUAGCAUUGAGAUGCACUGCCCCUUCAUCCAGCAUGUUAUGAGGGAACGCAGCUUCACCCUAGUUCCCAUCAUAGUGGGAGCCCUCAGCCGGCAGAGCGAGGCCCAGUAUGCCCGCAUCCUGGCGCCCUUCCUCCAAGACCCAGGCAACCUCUUUGCCAUCUCGUCCGACUUUUGCCACUGGGGCAGCCGCUUCCAGUACACCCGUUACGACCCAACAGAUGGCGCCAUCCACGAGAGCAUCAAGGCUCUGGAUGCCAGGGGCAUGGCCGCCAUCGCGAGCGGGGACGCUCAACGCUUUGCCGACUACCUUCAGGAAACGGGGAACACCAUCUGCGGACGGCAUGCCAUCGCCAUCCUGCUGCAGGCGCUGGCCAUCGCAGACCUCAAGCCCACGAUCGCUUUCAACAAGUACGACCAGUCCUCGGCCUGCACACGCCCCUCGCACUCCAGCGUCAGCUACGCGUCAGGCAUCGUAUGCACCACGUCCUGA